AUGGGGCGAGAACCAUCGCGGCCUGAGAGCCAGGUGAUCGCCGUGGCGAAGUCACCGAAGAAGCCACAACGGAUCGCCACCAUGCUCAAGUGGCUGGCCUUUGCCGUAACGUGCUCCAUUCUGUCUUUCCAGUCUUGGCUAAAGUUCACCACCAACCUUGAACGACCUCGGGGACAGCCAUCACAGUUCGCCAUCGACUUCGAGAGCGACUCGUUCACGCUGGACGGCGAGCCCGUGCGGAUCCUGUCGGGCUCCGUCCACUACUUCCGCACGCCGCGCGAGCUGUGGAUGGAGCGCCUGAUCUACGCGCGUGCCGCUGGCCUUAACACCAUCGACACGGUAUCCGUACACAGCUAUACUUUGGCGCUGAAAACACGCAGCUUCGUCGAGUGGAGUAGCCACGAGCCGGAAGAAGGCCACUUCGACUUCCACGGGCAGCGAGACCUCGUGGCCUUCCUGGAGAUGGCCCACAACUUGAGCUUUAUGGUCAUCCUGCGACCGGGCCCUUACAUCGGCGCCGAACGAGAUAUGGGUGGCCUUCCUUACUGGCUUUUACGAACAGAUCCCAGCAUUCGCCUGCGAACGAUGGAUACAAGAUACAUCAAAUUUGCGGACCGCUACCUCACCGAACUUUUCAAGCGGAUAAAGCAUCUCUUCGUAAGAAACGGCGGCCCGAUAAUUAUGGUUCAGGUUGAGAACAAGUACGGCUUGUCCAGGGAGUGUAACCGCACCUACCUUCGUCACCUGCGGGACUUGAUGCGCCAAGAGCUCGGAGGCGACACUGUGCUUUUCACCACGGACCGCGUCGGCGUGGGCACCAUGUCUUGCGGAAGGGUAGAAGGAGUCUACCCGGCAGUCGCUUUCGGAGCUAUGGCCGAUGUGUCUGAUGCGUUCGCCACCCUGCGACUCUACCAGAAACGGGGGCCCCUAUUCGUCUCUGAGCUGUAUACAGGCUGGUUCGACCGCUGGGCAAUGCCCCACCAGCAUAUGGAUCCUGCCAUGGUCGCCAGUAUGCUUCGCCAAGUCCUGCUCGCCGGCGCUUCGGUAAACCUGUACAUGUUUCACGGAGGAACGUCUUUCGGGUUCAGCGCCGGAGCGUCCAUGGUGGCAGCCAACGGACAUAAGGGCGAGCUCUCUUACCGGCCCCAAGUGACGAGCUACGAGUUCGGCGGCCUCCUGACAGAAGCUGGAGACCCAACUGAGUUGUUCGUCACCGUCCGUCGCGUCAUUUCCGAGUUGUUCCCGAAUAAAAGCCUACCGGAGAUGCCGAAAUCAAGGCGCAAGAUGAAAUUCGGGCCUAUCAGGACGACGCACAUGUUCGGCCUCGCGGGACUUCAGUACCUUUCCCGUGGUCACUCAGUGUCGUCGCAGUAUCCGCUGACCUUCGAACAAGUGGGCCACGCUCAUGGUUUGAUGUUCUACGAUGCGACUAUCACGUAUCAGCCGCAUGUGCCUGCCAUGCUCAGUGUGGAAGGAAUUCGAGACGGAGGUCACGUCUACCUUAACGGUGUUUUUGUGGAUUCCAUAUCCCGUGCCGAGAACAAUAAUGCCCUACUGAUUAAAGCGAAACUACACCAAGAACUGACAAUUCUCGUUCAUAAUGAGGGCAGGAUAUCAUCGGGAAAAGACCUAAGCGAUAGUAAGGGGAUUGUCUCGAACGUGACGUUGGACAAACGCCUGCUCACCAACUGGACCAUGCGGCCAGUUCCGCUCACCAACGCCAACUGGCUCACGGAUUACGCGCAGAUGCGCUCUAUUCGAGAACAAACCUCUCUGAGAGCCGCCAGUUCAGCUUUCGAGGUGCGCGUCUUUGCUGCCAAGUUCGAGCUGCCUGCCUCCGAUGCCUACGACGUGUUUUUGAGGCCCGACCAGAAGACGAAGGGCAUUGCGUUUCUGAACGGUUUCAACCUGGGCCGCUACUGGCCGGCGAGAGGGCCCCAGAAGACGCUGUACGUGCCACGCACGCUGUUCAGGAAUGAGAACUUGCUCGUGCUCAUCGAGCUCGAAGGGGGCUUCUACCGCGGCGACAAACCCCCCGUCGUCCACUUCGUCGACGAACCGGAGCUCCAUGGCACGGUCCACAGGAUGGACGAAUAAACGUGACGAAAAUUCGUCUAAUACCGCAAAGA